CCGAAGUCAUCACACCUAGAAGUCGGUUGACUGCAGGGUCAAGCGGUGAACGUGAGAGCUGCUAGCAGGGUGAAAGAGGAAGUAAAGACCACAUCAUUCAAAAUAUCAAUGGUUGAAUACUUUACUUGCCAAGUUGGUGACUCUAUCAAAGAGAGAGAAUGUCAGCUGAAGAGGAUCUCUGCUGUCCGAUAUGUUAUGACAUCUUCAAAGAUCCUGUUGUCCUGUCAUGUUGCCACAGCAUCUGUAAAGAGUGUCUGGAAGAAUUCUGGAAAACGAAGGAACGUCGUGAGUGUCCACUGUGCAAAGUGCUGAAUCCAAACGAACCCGAAUGUAACUUCGUUUUGAAGAGUCUGUGUGAGGCUUACUUAGAGGAAUACAGUCAGAGAUAUGAAGCGGGCUCUAAGCAACACUGCAGAAUACACGGCGAAAAACUUAAACUCUUCUGUCUGGAAGACAAACAGCCUGUAUGUCAAAUUUGCCAAAGGUCUGCACAGCACGUCAACCAUGAAUGCUACACCAUAGAAGAGGCUGCAGAUCACUUUAGGAUGGAACUCAAAACUGAACUAAAGCCCUUACAGGAAACAUUGGACCGCAUUAGUCAAGUGAAACAGUCUUACCACAAAGCCACAGCAUACAUUAAGAGGCAGACCCUGUACACAGAGCAGCAGAUUAGGGAUGAGUUUAAGAAGCUCUACCAGUUUCUACGAAUUGAAGAAGCAGACAGGUUACUUGCACUGCGAAAAGAAGAGAAGCAGAAGACUCAGCUGAUAGAGGAGAAGCUUGAGGAGAUCGACGGAGAGAUGUCAUCUCUUUUAAAACUUAUCAGAACCAUAGAAGAAGAUAUGUGGACUGAAGAUCUGUUAUUCAUACAGAGCUUUGAAACCUCGUUGACAAGAGCUCAGUGCUCCUUACAGGAUCCAGAGAUGAUCUCAGGAACAUUGAUUGAUGAAGCGAAGCACCUGGGCAACCUGACAUACAGGGUGUGGGUGAAAAUGAAGAACAUUGUGCAGUACAAUCCCAUCAUUCUGGAUCCCAACACUGCACACAAGUCCCUUACAGUGUCAGAAGACUUCACCAGAGUGACAUUUAAUGAAACCCAAGACAUGACGCACCUUCCUGAUAACCCAGAACGGUUCAAAUCGAGUGUGUGUGUUCUCGGUUCUGAGGGUUUUGCCUCAGGGAACCACUGCUGGGACGUUGAGGUUGGGGAUAGGAGUUUGUGGGAGGUGGGAAUAACGACAGAGUCUAACACAAAAAACGCAUGGCAGUUUUAUAAUGGUGUGUGGAGUGUGGAGAGUAAUUGUGGGUUUUACACUCGGUCUCCUGCUCGGCCAAAGUCUCCGUUCUCUGCUGAGGGAGGACUCGAGAGAAUCAGAAUCCACCUAGACUGUGAAAGGGGACAGGUGUCCUUCUCUGACCCGCUCAAUGACACAGAAAUAAAAACCUUCAAUCACACAUUUACUGAGAAAGUAUAUCCAUUUUUCUGGUGUCAUAAUAAGAGUUCACCUGUUAAGAUUUUACCUAUGACUAUUUUACCCAUGACAGUUCUUGAAACUGAAUGAGUAAGUUAAGAUCUGUCUGAAGGCCCUAAAUUAUAUGUUUAUAAUUUGUUGAGAAACAUAAAUUAAUGCCCCGAUAAAUCUAUGAAAACGAGUGAAUGUUAACAAUUUUUGCUUUUAUUAUAUUUUAUAUAUAUUUUAUAUGUUUAUAUUUUAUAUUGUAUUGUUUUAUUCUAAUAUAUUACAUUAUAUUUUUAUGUUUAUGUUCUUAUAUUAUAAUAUUUUGUAUUAUUUUAUAUAUAUUUUAUACAAGAGCACCCCACCACAGAAUUUUUGUUUCAAUUUAAAAGCAGCACAUUUGCAAAAUAAGUUUUCUGUUUUCUUUUCCUUUUCCUACUUUUUUUUAUUUUUAAACAUCCUCUUUUUUCCCUUCCAGCAUUUUUCUCUCUUCUUGUUGUACAAAUAGCCUUUAUAAUCCAGUUACAUAUGUUUCUUUCAAAGCCCUUAAAAGAGAUUGUGAUCGAUCAUAAUUCAGUUUAUCAGCAAUUCAAUACAGCUUUAAACUUAUAAUUGUAUGAUCGAAAAAAGUGUGAUGCAGAUGAAAUUGUGUAAACAAUAAAUUAUAUUCUUUAA